AAAAUGUCAAGAAACUGACCAUUCAGUAGGGACUUUUAAACUCACUUGCAGAGUGUCUAAUCCUCCAAUUCAACAUGACUUUCUCAGACGCUGAAAAGGCUGCAAUUGUCUCCAUCUGGGGAAAGGUAGCUGGCAACACUGAUGAGCUUGGAGCAGAGGCUUUAGAAAGGCUGUUUCUGAGCUACCCUCAGACCAAGACCUACUUCAGCCAUUUUAACCUGAGCCAUGGUUCCCAGGAUCUCCGCAGUCAUGGUGGAAAAGUUUUGAACGCCAUUGGAAGUGCUGCCGGACACUUGGAUGAUCUUAGCGGUGCUCUGUCUACCCUCAGUGACCUCCACGCUUACCAACUGAGAGUUGACCCUGGCAACUUCAGGCUGCUGUCUCACUCCAUCCAGGUCACUCUGGCUGCUCACUUUGGAGCUGAAUUCACUCCCACUGCCCAAUCAGCCUGGGACAAGUUCCUUGCUGCAGUUUCUGCUGUUCUGGUAUCCAAAUACAGAUAAACUGACAAUGUAAAUGUGAAAAUAGGUCUUUUUUUCAUUAUGUUUGGUUCUUAGAUUUUCAAUAAAGUUUUGUUAAGCAAA